UGAGGAGCUGUCCGGCUGCUGGGUGUUGAUUCCUGCUCCUGUAUCCACCGAGUGGGCGCCUGUGGUUGCAGUUGGAUUUGGAUUUGCAUUUUUAAGGAGGGGGUGAAGAGGGCUACGAGGCAGCUAGGCCAGCGAGCACCGCCAGCGGCAGCCGCGGGGACUGUAGCUCCAGCUUCAGCUCGGAGAAGACUGGCUAUGGUUUGGUAGGGCGUCUGGGAGCAGGAUGGAGUGAAGCGGCCUGUGAUUCUCCAUGGGGGUGGGUGGGAAGGGGUCAGCCGUACAGAGACGGUAGGCAAGAAGCCGCAGCAGGCGUCUGCGAAUUUGGGGCUGGAUUGGAAGAGACCGCUUACUCAGGGGAAAUGGAUUCUGUACCACGGCUGAUCAGCUUUUUCACUUUGCUGUUCUCCAGCUUGUGGCAUCCAGGAUUAACAGCGACAAAUUACAACUGUGAUGACCCGUUAGCAUCCCUGCUUUCUCCAAUGGCUUUUUCCAGUUCCUCAGACCUCACUGGUACACACAGCCCUGCUAAACUCAACCGAAGACUUGGAGCUGGUGGUUGGUCCCCAGAGGACUCCAAUGCUCAGCAGUGGCUCCAGAUGGACCUGGGAAGCAAAGUGGAGAUCACAGCAGUGGCUACACAGGGACGAUAUGGAAGCUCUGACUGGGUGACGAGUUAUAGUCUCAUGUUCAGUGACACAGGGCACAACUGGAGACAGUACCAGCAAGAAGACAACAUCUGGACCUUUGUUGGGAACACAAAUGCUGACAGUGUGAUGCACCACAAGUUACUGCAUGCAGUGAGAGCACGUUUUGUUCGCUUCGUGCCCCUGGAAUGGAAUCCAAGUGGAAAGAUUGGCAUGAGGGUUGAGGUGUAUGGAUGCUCCUAUAAAUCAGAUGUUGCUGAUUUUGAUGGCAGAAGCUCCCUUCUGUACAGGUUCAAUCAGAAACUGCUGAGCACUCUCAAAGAUGUUAUCUCUCUGAAGUUCAAGAGCAUCCAAGGAGAUGGUGUUCUGUUCCAUGGAGAAGGUCAACGUGGAGACCACAUCACCCUGGAGCUCCAGAAAGGGAGGCUUGCCCUGCAUCUCAGUUUGGAUGACAGCAAAACUAGGCUUAGCAGUAGCCUACCAUCAGCUACCUUGGGCAGCCUCCUGGAUGACCAGCACUGGCACUCGGUCCUCAUCGAGCGGGUGGGUAAACAGGUGAACUUCACCGUGGACAAGUACACGCAGCACUUCCGGACCAAGGGAGAAACUGAUGCCUUAGAUAUAGACUAUGAGCUUAGUUUUGGAGGAAUUCCAGUACCAGGCAAACCUGGAACCUUUUUAAAGAAAAACUUCCAGGGAUGUAUUGAAAACCUCUACUACAAUGGAGUCAACAUAAUUGACCUUGCUAAAAGACGAAAGCAUCAGAUUUACAUUGUGGUAAGUCAUCUUUACAGCUUGACAAUUUCUAACCUUGUACAUAUCCCACCCUUGCUAGCCCUUUGCAGAAACAGAGUCUUCACAGAUGAUAAGCUUUUGGAGGAAAUAGUUGACAACAUCAUGAUUAAUUUCCUAUACAGUUUUCUUGGCACCAACUUAAAUGAUGGCUUGUGGCAUUCAGUCAGCAUCAAUGCCAGAAGGAACCGCAUCACUCUCACCCUGGAUAAUGAUGCAGCAUCCCCAGCUCAGGACACUACCCGGGUACAGAUUUAUUCUGGAAAUAGCUACUACUUUGGAGGAUGCCCUGACAAUCUCACCGUUUCCCAAUGCUUAAAUCCUAUUAAGGCUUUCCAAGGCUGCAUGAGACUCAUCUUUAUUGAUAACCAGCCCAAGGACCUCAUUUCAGUUCAGCAAGGUUCCCUGGGGAAUUUUAGCAAUUUACACAUUGAUCUGUGUAGCAUCAAAGACAGGUGUUUGCCAAACUAUUGUGAACAUGGAGGAAGGUGUUCCCAGUCCUGGACUACCUUCUAUUGUAACUGCAGUGACACCAGUUAUAUGGGUACCACCUGCCAUCACUCUCUCUAUGAACGAUCCUGCGAGGUGUAUAGGCAUCAAGGGAGCACAGCUGGUUUCUUCUACAUCGACCCAGAUGGCAGUGGGCCGCUAGGACCUCUCCAAGUGCAUUGCAAUGUCACAGAGGACAAAAUAUGGACAUCAGUGCAGCACAACAACACAAAACUGACCCAUGUGCAGGGUGCCAGCCCUGAGAAUCCCUACUUCAUGGCCUUGGAUUAUGGGGGCAGCAUAGAACAGCUGGAGGCUGUGAUUGACAGCUCAGAGUACUGUGAGCAGGAGGUGGCCUACUACUGCAGGAGGUCUCGCCUGCUUAACACACCAGAUGGAGUACCUUUUACCUGGUGGAUUGGCCGGUCAAAGGAAAGGCACCCUUACUGGGGAGGUGCUCCUCCUGGAGUUCAACAAUGUGAAUGUGGCCUGGAUGAGAUUUGCCUGGACAUUCGGCACUUUUGCAAUUGUGAUGCUGACAAGGAUGAAUGGACAAAUGAUACUGGUUUUCUUUCCUUCAAAGACCACUUGCCUGUAACUCAGAUAGUUAUCACUGACACCAACAGAUCAAACUCAGAAGCUGCUUGGAAAAUUGGUCCUCUGCGUUGCUAUGGUGACCGGCACUUCUGGAAUGCAGUCUCAUUUUAUACAGAAGCCUCCUACCUACACUUUCCUACCUUCCAUGCGGAAUUCAGUGCUGAUAUUUCCUUCUUUUUUAAAACCACGGCUUUAUCUGGAGUUUUUCUAGAAAACCUUGGCAUUACAGACUUCAUCCGACUUGAAAUAAGCUCUCCUUCUGAGAUCACUUUUGCCAUUGAUGUUGGGAAUGGUCCCAUAGAGCUCGUAGUCCAGUCUCCUUCUCUUCUGAAUGACAACCAAUGGCAUUAUGUUCGGGCCGAGAGGAACCUCAAGGUGACCUCACUCCAGGUGGACAGCCUUCCCAGGAUGAGCAGGGAGACUUUGGAAGAGGGCCAUUUCCGACUUCAGCUGAACAGCCAGCUGUUUGUAGGGGGAACAUCAUCAAAACAGAAAGGCUUUCUAGGAUGCAUACGCUCCUUACACUUGAAUGGACAGAAACUGGACUUGGAGGAGAGGGCCAAGGUCACAUCUGGAGUCCGGCCAGGAUGCCCAGGCCAUUGCAGCAGUUAUGGCAGCAUCUGCCACAAUGGGGGCAAGUGUGUGGAGAAGCGCAGUGGAUACUUCUGUGAUUGCACCAAUUCACCAUAUGAAGGGCCCUUUUGCAAAAAAGAGAUUUCUGCUCUUUUUGAGGCUGGCACUUCAGUUACUUACAUGUUUCAAGAACCCUACCCAGUGAUGAAGAAUCUAAGCUGGUCAUCCUCAGCCAUUUAUGCAGAAUCGGCUCCAUCUAAGGAAAACAUUGCACUUAGCUUUAUGACAGCCCAGACACCCAGCCUCUUGCUCUAUAUCAAUUCUUCUUCUCAGGACUCUCUGACUGUGCUGCUCUGCAAGAAUGGAAGCUUACAAGUUCACUAUCAGUUGAGCAAGGAAGAGAUCCAUGUGUUCACUAUUGAGGUAGAAAACUUUGCCAACAGAAGGAUGCACCACUUGAAGAUUAACCGAGAGGGAAGAGAGCUUACCAUUCAGAUGGAUGAGCAGCUCCGGCUCAGUUAUAACUUCUCCCCAGAAGUGGAGUUCAAGGCUGUAAAGUCACUCACCUUGGGCAAAGUCACAGAGAAUCUUGGAAUAGAUUCUGAAGUUGUUAAAGCAAACACCCUAGGUUUUGUUGGAUGCCUGUCUGCAGUUCAGUACAACCAUAUAUCACCAUUGAAGGCAGCUCUGCGCCAUAUGACCAUCGCACCUGUGAUAAUCCAAGGGACCUUGACGGAAUCCAGCUGUGGCUCUAUGAUGGAUUUGGAUGUGAAUGCAGUGACCACGGUGUAUUCUUCAUCAGAUCCAUUUGGGAAGACAGAUGAGAAAGAACCACUCACAAAUGCAGUUCGAAGCGACUCGGCCAUCAUUGGAGGAGUAAUUGCGGUGGUGAUAUUCAUCAUAUUCUCCAUCGUCGGCAUCAUGACCCGGUUCCUUUACCAGCAUAAGCAGUCACAUCGUAAUAACCAGAUAAAAGAGAAGGAAUACCCAACAAACUUGGACAGUUCCUUUAGAAAUGACAUUGACUUGCAAAACACAGUGAGCGAGUGUAAGCGGGAAUAUUUCAUUUGAAAAACUGCAGGGCCAACUAAUGCUCUUUUGUUGUUAAGGUUUUUUCUCCUCUUUCUCCUGUUUCUUAAUUCUAGUCAUUUCCUUUCUGUCAUUUGUUCCCUAUUUAUUUUUGGAGCACUGACCACAGCAUUUACCCUCUUGACCCAGUUUAGAAGACCAGGCUGCUAUGGCCACUGUCUUCCUCUUUGACAAACCUAUUUUGUUGAUAAUGAUCACUCAAAAACUGACUUUACUUCUUUAGACAAGGAAGAGACACGUGUGCACAGGUGCAUAUUCAGUUCUGUAUUCCAUUUUCUAAGAUGUACUCUUCAGCUCUGCUGCCUUUCACAGGUUUACUUUGAACAAGAAUUCAGUGACCUUGGCAUUAUCAGUCCUUUUUGAUGUCCUCCUCCAUCUCAAGUUCAUUCCUACCAGGGAACUCAGGAUAGGAAAGAAGAUGCUAUAGGCCUGGUAUACUUCAGUGCCACUUUAAAAGGAACGAGAGAGGUUUGUUUUGUGUUAAUUUUCUUAAUGGCAUUGACCAAUCUCAUAAAUUUUUCAUUCUGACUCUUAUCCCCUGUGUAUUUUCAGAUAUAGUCUUCCUGUUUUUAGUGAGCUAUUACUAUGCUCCUGUCUUACCUCACUCUCAGGGGCCAGCAAUUUAGGACAACAUACUUUAGCCUAACUUUGAGGAAGCAUGAAAGUAGUAGCUUAAAACUAGGAGGAAAAAGAGUGCUGCUAAGAAGUAGAUGUUCUAUAACUUCAAAAAUGCUUCUGCUAAUUUCAUAGGUUAGCUAGGUUAUUCCUGGGAUUAUUAUAUAUUGAUAUAUAUCUGAAGCAUUAAAAAUUCAAGUAACAAUCUAAAAUAGUACCUGGUUCCAUGAAAGAGCUUAAGCCAUCUUGAUUCAGCUUAAAAAUAUACUGAAUGAAAGAAGAUAAAUACCAAAUAGAAUUCUUCACUUCCAUUCACUCACUAAAGUUCUGGUGGAGAAAGUGAAUGUAGAUUUAAUAUUUCUGAGCAGAUACAAUGAUUCGUCUCUGUCCAUCAAGCAAUCUCCUAGGAGGUUUAGGAUGUGCUAACAGGUAAGGCAUUGUUAGCUAUAAUGAACCCUCACUGCUUAACUUUGGAGGAGUUUGUAGGCCCUAUGGCACAUCACAUUUUCAAAUCUGUUACAUCCUAUGUAUAUAAAAGCAUCUGUGUGCACAUGUGCACAUGCACACACAUCUUCUUGUAAGCAUUAACUACCAGAUGACAUGGUGACAGACUUCCUAGUCUUUACCUCUCUGAUAACAAGGCAUCAAAGAAGAAACACAAUUAUUCUUUCAGGAAGGCAUCUUGAGCUCAUCCACCAGGUGGUGGUGAGAAUCCUAAUCGUUUUGCUAUAGCAAUAUGCCUCAUCCUUUGCCUCUGGACACUCUUGAAAAA